AGACGACGAGAAACUUCAGCAGGGAAGGGGUCGUACCGUAGUAGAUUAUCACUCCCGCAUACGAUUAUUCUAGACAAGAAAGGGGAGAUGGCGGUGAUCUCCACUAUCUUCCAUCCGUUGCUGUUCCCCGGUUUCAUGGACUCCCACAAAUUACUGCAGAACCACAGAUCAACCCUUGCUUCUCUCAAAGGCCGCUUCUUUCGAAACCCUAGCUCGUCAAAGCUUGUGGUCUUCGCGUCUGGCGGUGAGACCAAUGGUAACGGGGAGGUUAAGGAACAAGAAGAAGCCGGCGACUUUCGGGGGGAGCUGAAGAGGGAUCGUCGGCCGGCAUUCAAUCUCCGGUGGCGGGAUCUCCUGAACCCGGACCCGGAGAACAUCCUCGCCGUCGGAUUAACGGGCUUGCUCACUUUGGCGAGCGUUCAGAUCUUGGGGCAACUUUUCUUCAUCUCGUUCGCCAUCGUCCUUGCGGCGCUAAAGUACUCCUUUAUCGCUGCCCUCCUUCUCUUCAUACUGAUAACCCUUCUGUGAUGCACUAAACAAAGAUUUUUUUUAGCAUAUUUUUAUUUGUGUAUUUGCAUUUUUCUAGUGAAAUUGUAGAAAAUUAAUGGGAAUGGAAAAUCUUUCUAGCAUGUUGGAAA